AUGUUGGCACUCAUAUAUUACUGUGUGGCCAUAGGUCUGGUCAAUGGAGAACUACAUAUGCGGUACUUCAACUGGGCCGAGCCAGAUGGCGCCACUUCCGGUUUUGUAGAUACAUCCAGGAUAACUAUAGAGAACAGUUUGGAGCGACUGACGGCCGUACGGGCAGAACUAAAGUCCUACAAUGUAACUGCUUAUAUAGUGCCGACAUCUGAUGCUCAUGGUUCCUCGAGCUUGUCCCCGGCGGAUGCCCGUCGCGAAUGGCUGUCCGGACUGUCCGGUUCAUCCGGAACUCUUGUGGUGACUGACAACGAAGCACUUCUAUGGACUGACGGGAGGUACUUCACUCAGUUCGAAAUGCAAGUGGACACUACAUUAUGGACUCUCAUGAGACAAGGAAUUGACCUCUCAAUUGAUCAGUGGUUGACAGCGAAUAUGGCGCCAAAUUCUGUGGUCGGAGUCGACCCUACCUUAUACACGCGCAGUGCUUGGAUUCCGUUACAGACUGCACUUGAAGCUGGUAAUGUCACACUAAAGGCAAUAGCAGAGAACUUAGUCGACAAAGCCAGGACAAAAAUAGGCGACCCUCCGCCAGACAGACCGAACAAUCCAUUAAUACCACUCACUAGAGAAUUUACAGGAAGAAGUUCAAGUGAGAAAAUAGCAGAACUAUCAAAGCAAAUACAAUCUGUUGGGGCGUCAGCAUUAGUGUUGACUGCACUGGAUGAUAUAGCAUACACUCUAAACCUUCGCGGCUCCGAUGUGCUCUUCAACCCGGUGUUUUUCUCUUAUUUAAUCAUCAAAGAUGUGCCCGCUCCUAACAACGUUAUAUUAUUCUGGGGAGAGGGUGGAUUACAUACAAACAUAUCCACUCAUCUCCAAUCCGAAGAAUUGGAGAUUCAAACCAGAAAUUACUUAGAUAUAUUUGAAUACUUAUCUAAUUAUUCGAAUUCUUUGCCAGAUGAUAGCACUAUAUGGCUAACGAGUGACGCGAGUCAAGCCAUUUUUCUAGCAGCAGAAUCGGACAAAGUAAAUAUUCGAUCCACGCUCUCGCCGGUGGCUCUUAUAAAAUGUGUAAAGAACGACGUGGAGCUAAAGGGCAUUAGGAACGCUCACAUUAAAGAUGCAAUAGCCCUGAUCAGAGGACUCAGGUGGGUAGAGGAGCAGGUCGCUGCCGGCACCAACGUCAGCGAAAUUGAUGUCUCUGAUAAACUUGAAGAGUUGCGGCGGUCCGAAGUUGAUUCACAUGGCCCAUCGUUUUCAACGAUAGCGGGGGCAGGUGAAAAUGGCGCCAUAAUACAUUACAGACCUCCACGGGAAGGCUCUCGAGUGAUAGGACCUGAUGAUAUGCUGUUGGUCGAUUCUGGAGGCCAGUACAAAGACGGUACAACGGACAUAACUCGUACCCGUCACAUGAGCGGCUCACCAUCUGACAUUCAGCGUUUCAUGUUCACAAACGUGAUGAAGGGACAGAUCAGCAUGGCGACGGUCGUCUUCCCCAGAGGCACUGUGGGACAUACAUUGGAUAGUUUCGCGCGCAGAUAUCUAUGGAAUUUAGGGGUUAGUUAUGGUCAUGGAACUGGCCACGGUCUGGGCCACUUCCUCAGAGUUCACGAGGGACCUUCCUGGAUCCAAGCCGCACCAAGUAGCACAGACCCUGGGAUUGUGGAAAAGAUGAUAUUUAGCAACGAACCUGGGUAUUACGAGGUUGGAGAAUAUGGGAUCCGUCAUGAGGAUAUCGUGGAAGUUAUAACUGUGAACAAAGAUGCUGAUCAUGUACAUGCCCAGGAUAUAAUUGGUGACUUCGACGGUGCUGGAGCACUGGGUUUCUACACCAUAUCGUUGGUACCACAUCAAACUGCGUCUCUCAACAUCACUCUCUUGGACGAUUUUGAAAUUAAAUAUUUAAACACCUAUCAUGCGCGGGUUUUGGCUACAAUCGGACCUAUUUUGAAACAGAGAAACCUCACAGAAGAUUACGAUUGGUUGGAAAGAGAAUGCGCGCCAAUUUUACGUGACGCCGCCAUUUUGGUCAAAACGUCGCCAUUGCUUAUACUUAUCAGUGUUGUUACAUUAUGGUUCAGAGCAUAAAUUAAAGAAAAUUAUAAAUUAAUUACACUAAUUACAACUCUCUGAUGAGUUAUAAAUUUUGCAACUGUAAUG